CAUAAUUUAUUCCUACACUAUAAAAGCAACUCUAAUUUUUCUACAAGUACAUAACAUUUGGCAAUUAGCCACCACAAUUCUCUCCAUCUAUUAGCCUUUAGACUCACUUUGUUCUUUAAUUUCUCACCAAAAUCAAAAUGUCUCCACAAACGCCAAUUAUUACACUUUUCAUGAUCCUCCUAGCUUCAUUAGUUUUAUGUAAUUGCUCUUACAUUGUGGAACCACUUCAUCAAACAAAUAGUGAAUACUAUUACCCUCUACAUGAUGGUAGGUUGAUCAAAACAAAACAUCAACAUUUUGGUCACAUAAAUAAAUUAGAUACCCUUUUUUCUUCAAGGUCUCGUGGAAUGAUUAGUGUUGAUGACUUUGGAGCCAAAGCAGAUGGAAGUGAUGAUAGAGAGGCAUUUAAGAAGGCAUGGAAUGAAGCAUGUUCUAAAGGGGCUAUCCUUGUGGUACCAAAAAAUAGGAUCUACCGUCUCAAACCAAUAACUUUUUCAGGUCCAUGCCAACCCAAUACUACCUUUAUGAUUUAUGGAACAAUCGAGGCUUGGCCUCAAAUGUCAGCAUAUGAAGAAGAUAGGCUACACUGGAUUGUAUUUGAUAGUGUAACGAAUUUCAAUGUUGAUGGUGGUGGUAUUUUUAAUGGCAAAGGGAAAAAAUGGUGGAAAAACUCUUGCAAAUUCACCAAUAAUCUUCCAUGCAAUGAUGAACCAAGGCCUACGGCGGUGACUUUCUAUAAUUGCAAGAAUUUGAGAGUUAAAAACAUUAAUUUCAAAGAUGCACAGAAAAUGCAUGUAGCAUUUUUUAGAUGCUUCAAUGUGUUUGUUUCAAAUUUAGUUGUCACAGCACCAGAAAAUAGUCCCAAUACCGAUGGCAUUCAUGUGGCAGAGUCACAAAAUAUAGACAUAAGAAAGAGCAAUAUUGGGACGGGUGAUGAUUGUAUCUCAAUAAUUAGUGGAUCCAAAAAUGUUCAAGUUAUAGAUAUCACUUGUGGACCUGGACAUGGAAUCAGCAUUGGAAGCUUAGGAGCUAAUAACUCAGAAGCUGAAGUUGUGAAUGUGGUAGUGAACAGAGCCACCUUAACAGGAACAACUAAUGGAGUGAGAAUCAAAACUUGGCAGGGUGGUUCAGGUUAUGCAAGAAACAUUAAAUUUAUGAACAUAGUAAUGCAAAAUGUAACAAAUCCCAUAAUCAUAGAUCAAUACUAUUGUGAUCAAACAGAGCCAUGUCAAGAGCAGGACAAAGCAGUGCAACUAAGCCAUGUGUUGUACCAAAACAUUAGAGGAACAAGUGCUUCAACAGUAGCUAUCAAAUUUGCUUGCAGUCGAACUGUUCCUUGCAGAGAAAUUUACUUACAUGAUGUGAUUUUAGAAUCACAAGGUGGUGGAGGCACCACUGCUACAUGUGAAAAUGUUAGAUAUGUAAAUAGAGGGAAGUUUUAUCCUCAAUGCUCUCCUUGAACAAACAAGAGAAAUUAAAUAUUACAAAGAAUCUUGCAAUUUCUACUGAUUUUGAAAUAUAAUUACUAAGUUAUACUUCGUGUAUUUUAUUUUCCAAACUCUUUAACUUUUGUAAACGUGGCCAAUUUUAGUGUUGGCUCAUAUAGUAAUGUUUUUUGGUG